GUGCUGUUGGUGACACGCACACCGUACCAGCCCUUCCAGAACAGCGUGUCCUGGCCACCGUGCUCAAAGCGGACAAAACGGACCCCAGGCCCAUAGCUGGAAAAGGUGUGGGAGAUCUUCGGGACAAGAGACAAAAGAGAAGUAGAAGUUUUGCCAGUUCUCUGCAUCUGACUCUUCUCUGGUGAGGCCUUCCUGCUGACACUUCAGGAUCCAAAGUGCAGCUCCAUCAACCAGGUUCUUCCACUGGCAGCAGACCAGGCGGCACACCAGCACCAGCUCCACUGCAGCUCGGCCCGUCGUACCAGGGAUUUCCCAUCGCCCUCCGGGGGCCCGCGGUCUGCCAUGACGACAAUCGGCGAUCUCCCCGAGGAUGUGCUGGUAGAGCUGCUGUCGCUGCUGCCCGCCCGGGACCUGCUCCGCUCCUGCCGGCUGGUGUGCACGCAGUGGCGGUACGUGGUGGACCUGAACACGCUGUGGAAGCGCAAGUGUCAGCGCGACGGGUUUUACCGUCAGAGCUUGGACAGAAGCGUCUCUGACUGGAGGACCUUCUAUAUGCUCUGCCACUUGAAGAGAAACUUAAUCAAAAACCCAUGUGCUGAAGAGAUCUUCCAGCACUGGACACUUGAUGCUAAUGAAGGAGAUCAGUGGAAAAUUGAGGAUCUGCCUGGAGCUCAUGGAAAUAAUAUGCCAGACCCGACAGUACACAAAUACUUUGUCACUUCAUAUGGGCCAUGCCUCAAGUCUCAACUCAUUACCCUGAAGAAAGAAGGCUAUUGGAAUCAGCUGAUGGAUGAGAAACGGCCUGAAAUUACAGUCAAGGACUGGUACGCUGCCAGGUUUGACUGCGGGUGCCGCUACGAGCUCACAGUGAGGCUGCUCUCGCAAGAUUACAUCGCCCUGGAGGAGUUCCACCCCGAGCCAGUGGUCAUUGAGCAGUGGAGUGAUGCCAAGUGGAGAGAGAUUUCUCACACCUUCCAGAAUUACCCAGCAGGAGUUCGUCACAUCUGGUUUCAGCACGGAGGCCACGACACCCAGUUCUGGGCAGGAUGGUAUGGGAUCCGUGUGACAAACAGCAGCAUCACCAUUGGGCCCCAGACGUCAUCAUGAAGCACAACAUAAGGGUUUGCUUUUACCUCAGGACUGUAACCGGUGGCCUCAGGUGCACUAUUUGCCUGUACUCUCUGGGUUUGUCCUAGCUUUCUCUUGCAGCUCUUGUUCACAGCAGAACUCCUGCAGGCCCAGCCCUUUGGAAAGGCUUCUGUCUUCAUCUUCCAUCCUCUUCUACCAUGGAUGCUACUCCAAUUACUGGUGCCCUUCCACAGAAAAACUGGGACAAUUAAAUCUGAGGUCUAUCUUUUCUAGUUAAUACAUUCUUAUGCUAACACACACAGUCUUUAAGACACUUUCUUGUUUAUGGAACUUAAGAAAGAUAAGGCUAAAUGCUUAAUUUCAGAUUACCAAUGAUAUCUACACGGACUCUGCCACAGAUUGUUUUGUAUGGUAUUUUCUUUCCUGUUUCAGCUUUAAGAUUCAGUUAAGAUUUAUGAUCUGCAUCAGACCCUUCAUAGCAUCAAGAAACUGUCACCCUUAUUCCUAAGUGCUGUGUCUCUGGUAAUGAAUUACUUACCCUUUCUCUAA